AACCAUCAGUGGAAGUCGAAAGAGUAUUUGUCGUUGAAUCUUCCUCAUAUCUUACUGACGAUGUCAUGACUGGUGCGUUGUUUUCAUCCACCUUGUGUGAAUUUGAAGAAUCCUUUUCAUCUAAUGACAUUUUCUCAAUUGAAAGUGGUUGCGUAAAUGACAUACACACUGGUUAUAUUCUUCAACAGAAGCUGUUUUAUGCCACUUUUAUAAAACUGGAGUAGUUAAAACAUAUAAUUAUGAUUAUUGCUGCUCUGAAUU